UUUUUAUAGUUGGGCAGCUGAAAUGUGAGGGGUCACAAUGGGAGGAUAAAUACAAGGGCCAGCAGGCUUGCAGGGGUGUCGCAGACGAAGGCCGGAUCUUCUCCCUUCUUCUCUCUUCUCUCAGCUCUCCUCGCAACCUCAAAGAGUCAGGAUGCCUCACGCAUACCCUUUCCUCACUCCUGAGCAAAAGAAGGAGCUCAAUGAUAUUGCUCUGAAGAUUGUGGCUCCAGGCAAAGGAAUCCUUGCCGCAGAUGAGUCAACUGGCAGUGUGGCCAAGCGCUUCCAGAGCAUCAAUGCUGAGAACACUGAGGAGAACAGGAGGCUGUACCGCCAGCUCCUCUUCACUGCUGACGACCGCAUCAAUCCCUGUAUUGGUGGCGUUAUCCUCUUCCACGAGACCAUGUACCAGAAGACCGACGAUGGCAAGCCUUUCCCUCAAUACCUCAAAGAAAGAGGCAUGGUGGUGGGUAUCAAGGUCGACAAAGGUGUUGUCCCCCUGGCAGGAACCAAUGGCGAGACAACCACCCAGGGUCUCGAUGGGCUUUAUGAGCGUUGCGCCCAGUACAAGAAGGAUGGUGCUGACUUUGCCAAGUGGCGUUGUGUUCUGAAGAUCACCCCCACCACGCCUUCAAGACUGGCUAUCAUAGAGAAUGCCAAUGUCCUGGCUCGCUAUGCCAGCAUCUGCCAGAUGCACGGUAUUGUCCCCAUUGUUGAGCCUGAGAUUCUUCCUGAUGGUGACCAUGACCUGAAGCGUUGUCAGUACAUCACUGAGAAGGUCCUGGCUGCCGUCUACAAGGCCCUGUCCGACCACCACGUCUACCUGGAGGGUACCCUGCUCAAACCCAACAUGGUUACCGCUGGACACUCUUGCUCACACAAGUACACCAACCAGGAGAUUGCCAUGGCAACUGUUACUGCCCUGCGCCGCACCGUUCCCCCUGCAGUUCCUGGUAUUACCUUCCUGUCUGGUGGUCAGAGUGAGGAGGAGGCCUCUGUCAACCUGAACGCCAUGAACCUGUGCCCCCUGCACAAGCCCUGGGCACUCACCUUCUCAUAUGGCCGUGCACUGCAGGCUUCUGCCCUGAAAGCCUGGGGUGGGAAGAAGGAGAACGGAAAGGCAUGCCAAGAAGAGUUUGUAAAGAGAGCUCUGGCUAACAGCCAGGCCAGUGUGGGCAAAUAUGUUUCCUCUGGAGCCAGCGCUGCUGGUGGAGAGUCACUGUUUGUGGCUAAUCAUGCUUAUUAAGCAUAACCACCCUUUUUCCAUCCCUACCCCUCCAUUAUUACAUCAUCACGGAAAAGGACACGUCCCUUAAGGCACCACCUAUGAAAUUCACACUCUACUAUUAAACACUACAACAGAAACAGCAGCACUUUUACAUCUCAGUAGGAAGCAAAAGAGAAAGAAAGAAAAAAGCUUUGAGUGGUUGCUGCAGCUAGAAGACUAAAACACGUUCUUCCUCCAUUCCCUUAGCUUUUAUUUUUAAACACCUUUUUUCAGGUGAAGAUUCCCACACUGUUUUUACACAACUUGUACUAUUUUCCUUGGUCUGCUUCCAGUAAGUUCAGUAUAUCAUUUAUACUGUUACCAUGGAAUAAAGUAUUUACCGUAG